ACCCGUAGCUCCACCCACCGUCCCCCCUGCCUGCCAUGCUCCACCUGAUGGUGACAUCAUUACCAUGCUGCUGAACGAAGCCCCGCCUCUUCCUACAGUGAAUGAGUUUACAGCUCAGGAUGAUGAGGUUACUACUACCUCGACCCCCCCCCCCUCCACCUCCACCUGAUUUGUCAGGAGUACUGUCUGCUCUGCUCCCCCCACCACCUCCCCCACCUCCUUCAGAGGCUGUAAUCGAUUACAGCGCUCCUCCACCCACUCCUUCCCUCAGCCUUGAGACAGUGGUGGAAGAGAGCAGCUGGCCACCUCCAUCCCCCCCUCCUCCAUCUGAUGAUGUCGGCUUCCCUCCAAUGCCCGAUGAGGCCUUAGAGCUGCCAGCUCCGCCCCUUUCCCCUCGACCCAACCAAGAAGUAGAAGGUGAGAUGGAGGUGGACAUCCUGGAGUUCAGAGUCCCUGUGGAUAACAACAAGACCCUGUUUGUGUGGGACAUCCAGCCAUCUCACUCUGAGGCUCAAAUCUACGUGGGUCUACAUGGCGUCUUCUCGUCCUUCGGGCCUCUCUACCUGCUCAAGGUGUGUCAGAAUUCUGCUCUUAACCCGCCGGGGUUCUACGCCCUCAUCAAGUUCUACUCUGCUGCUCAGGCCUCAAAGGCACAACGGCAGACUGACGGACGCCCGCUGCUCCAAAGCUGUCCGCUCAAGGUGAAGCUGAGCUCCAAACACACGUCUUACUUCCGGUCUGACAGCAGCAGACCUCUAAGCCACGCCCGCUGCCUGGAACUGGGCAAUCACUGCCUAGGAUUCAACGGCUGGACCUCUGACAUCAUCACACUAAAGGAGCUCACAAACACUGAAGAAGAGCAUGAAGGUGGAGGCCGAUGGAGGAGGCUAAAGUUUGGCUGUUUGCUGCAGCUCUCCUUCCCUCAUCACAGGCAGACGACCAGAGCAGCAGCAGUGGUGGAGGACUGCUUCACCUGCACAGGUGAUCCGGAUCUUCUGAUACAGAAGCGGUGUAAACUCCAUCGGCUGGUCCGAGAGCAAGCGCUGGUCAACGCCUUCUCUCCAGUACUACUCCUCCUACUAGGUAGCGGUAAGGUGAUGGUGGAAUUGAAACAGACCUCGGAUGAGUUUCUACCUAAUGAGACAGAAGGACUUUUACAGGUAGAAGAGUUUUCCUGGAGUGAGUUUGCUGCUGAUGAAGAGGCUGUCGAAGAAGAGUGGGAUCUGACUGUAUCUUAGACUCCCAGCAGACUACCAAACAUUUGCAUUAUGGGAAAUAUCAAGGUUCACUGAAACAUUUUCAUGUUGAUAAAUGUUAGUCAAUAAAUGUUUUAUUAAUUG